GGGCCAAUUGAAUUGAAGCCCAAAAACAAAGACGACAUAGAAGUGAAGUUCCCCUGCUUGAAUCUACUGAAAGAUGGAAUCCGAACAACAACCGGAAUCAACGAACAAAGAAGAGUUCGACUCGUCGGAGAUAGAGUACGUAAGCUACGCUGGAGAACAUCACCUGCCGUUGAUCAUGAACCUCGUCGAUCAAGAACUUAGUGAACCCUACUCUAUCUUCACUUACCGCUACUUCGUCUAUCUCUGGCCCCAUCUUUCUUUCUUGGCGUUUCACAAAGGUAAAUGUGUGGGCACAGUUGUGUGUAAGAUGGGAGAACAUCGAGCUACUUAUAGAGGUUACAUUGCUAUGUUGGUUGUUAUUAAACCUUAUCGUGGAAGAGGCAUUGCGACUGAACUCGUUACUAGAUCGAUUAAGGUGAUGAUGGAAGCUGGCUGUGAAGAGGUAACGUUGGAAGCAGAAGUCACAAAUAAAGGAGCACUUGCACUAUAUGGACGUCUUGGGUUUAUUAGGGCAAAACGGUUGUUCCGCUACUAUUUGAACGGUGUUGAUGCUUUUCGACUGAAGUUGUUAUUCCCUUGCCCAGAGAUACACCCAGCGUUGUCUAUGAUGGCGGAAAGAGAUGACAGCCACAUGCAUCAUGAUCACAUGGUGCCAUGAGAAUGUCACCAACCCCAUUAAGGUCGAUUAUGAUCACAUAGCAUAGCAGCCGGGGAAUGGUGAAGAAUUCUAUCAAGGCUCCUAAGUUUACAAUUCCCCUCUUUGAGAUAUAUUAAACUUUUGCAUAUUCAAAUUUAUUAUUAACUGUAACAUAUAACUGUGUUACUAUGUUUGAGAAUUGUAAAUUUCAUCCGAUUUUCAAAAUUGAUCGAUGAUGAGUUCUGGUUUUUGUAGCUCCAAUGGUUUAGUUUGAAGAGUUGAAGUAGAAUAACAAUAUAACAUUAAGCUUAAUUUUAUUUUAUUUGAUUUUAUUAUUUUUU